AGGGGGCGUAGUGCGAGGGGGGUGUUCCCCGGCCUUGCCGCGGUCCUCCAGGUCAGGCUUCCAAGUCAGCGGCGCCUGGUGGCAGUCGCCGGGUGCAUCCCUUUGGGACCAGUUUUAGGUUGAAUGUGGGCAAUAUGGAGGCUGACCUGUCUGGCUUUAACAUUGAUGCGCCCCGUUGGGAUCAGCGCAUGUUCCUGGGCCGUGUGAAACACUUCUUUAACAUCACGGAUCCUCGCACCGUCUUUGCAUCAGAGCAGGAACUGGACUGGGCCAAGGCCAUGGUUGAGAAGAGCAGGAUGGGACUGGUGCCCCCUGGCACUCAGGUGGAGCAGCUGCUGUAUGCUAAGAAGCUGUAUGACUCUGCUUUCCAUCCUGAUACUGGGGAGAAGAUGAACGUCAUUGGGCGGAUGUCCUUCCAGGUCCCCGGGGGCAUGAUCAUCACAGGCUUCAUGCUGCAGUUCUACAGGACAAUGCCUGCGGUAAUCUUCUGGCAGUGGGUGAACCAGUCCUUCAAUGCCUUAGUCAACUACACCAACAGGAAUGCGGCUUCCCCCACGUCAGUCAGGCAGAUGGCUCUCUCCUACUUCACAGCUACUACCACUGCGGUGGCCACUGCAGUGGGCAUGAAUAUGUGGACCAAGAGAGCUCCACCCUUGGUGGCCCGAUGGGUGCCCUUUGCCGCUGUGGCUGCAGCUAACUGUGUCAAUAUCCCAAUGAUGCGACAGCAGGAACUCAUCCAGGGCAUCUGUGUGAAGGACAGGGACCAAAAUGAGCUUGGCCAUUCUCAGAGAGCUGCGGCUGUGGGCAUCACCCAAGUGGUUAUUUCUCGGAUUACUAUGGCCGCUCCUGGCAUGAUCUUACUACCUGUCAUCAUGGAACGGCUGGAGCCCCUGCGGCUGAUGAAGAGAGUCAGAGUGCUGCAUGCUCCGCUGCAGGUCCUGCUGUGUGGCUGCUUCCUCCUCUUCAUGGUGCCUGUGGCAUGUGGGCUCUUCCCUCAGGAAUGUGAAUUACCAGUUUCCUAUCUAGAACCAGAGCUGCAGGACACCAUCAAGGCCAAAUAUGGAGACCAAGUCCUCUCCGCCUACUUUAAUAAGGGUCUUUAAGUGCUCUUCACCUGCAGGGACCAAUCCAUCCCCGUAUGGCCCAGCCUUUUGCCGUCAGCCGUGCACACCUGUGUCCACAUUCCUCUUUGAAAGCCAGGCUGGACUGGGGGAGAGUAGGUGGGUGGGGAGAUGAUUCCUGUUUCCAUAGAAACAUCCAUUUUUUGGACUCCCAAGGAUAAAAAAUUCAGAAGGGGAAUCAAGGUGGUUGGGGAUGUAGCUCAGUUGGUAGUGUUUGCCUAGAUUCCACAAAGCCCUGGAUUUAAUCCUUAGCGCCAUGUGUUUCAGGCAUGGUUGUUCAUGCUUGCAGUCCUUGUACUGGGGAGGUGGAGGCAGGAGGAUUAGAUGUUCAAAGUCAACCUUAGGUACAUGGAGAGUUUGAGGCUAGCCUGAGUUAGAGAUAAUGUCUCAAAAAAAAAAAAUAGGGGAGGGAACAAGGACUAAGGUAUUCCGUCUGCUUUGUCCUCGGUCCCUGUCCUUUGGGACCAGAAGCUGAGGCCAUCUCAGCAUAAGCUGCUGGUGUCUGGGAGACACAGUUUGGAGUACUUAGGACACCUGUGGCUCUUUUCCAGUCAGGACUGCAGAUGUAUUGAGUCCCUCUCCUCCUUCCUCCCACUUCCUCCUUCUCAAGCAAGGGAAAUGUUUACCUGUGUGAUUCUUGAAAAGGCUUCUUAUCAUUUUAUUUUUAUUUUUAUGUGUAUGGAUGUUUUGCCUUCAUGUGUGUCUCUCUGCACGCAGCAUCCACAGAGGUCCAAAGAGGGUGUCAGAUCCUCUGGGACUGGAAUUACCACUGUGAGCCAUCACAUGGGUGCUAGAAAUCAAACCCAGAUCCUCUGGAAGAGCAUCUCUGCAGCUCCUACUGAGGAACAGAAGAGGGUCAGUCUGUCCCCUGGGGAUUGCUCUCUACUCUGCCCCAUUGUGCCCUGACUGGGAUGCCUCCAUGGGAGUGUUGCUAGACUUGAGUUUUUCAGGUGCUGAGAGCUAACUAAAACAGGACAGAAAACUGGACAAAUAGUUCCUGUCCUCAGCCCGUUAGGUCAAAAACCAGGGACUGGUGUGUACUGUUAGGAAAGGGACACUGGAGCACAAUUCAGCCAGGACCAAAGAGCCUUCAGACUGUACAGCCAAACAGCCAUUUCACCGAAGUUAUGUGAACAUCAAGUUAGCCCUCUGAUGAUGACUUUAUUCUGUCUAAAAUCAUGUCUAGACCUAUUUCUGGGACCCUUAUUCUGAGAGAAGUCUCUUUUCUCAUUGCUUUGCCUGUUUUACAAGUCCCCUCACACAUGUGCCCUACCACACAUUUUAGUGGAUGAUUUCCUGGUGGUCUCCCUUCCUGAACCCAUUAGGUUAAAUCAAAGAAAAACUGCUGAGUACUGACAGGACAGGGAGCUGUACUCGGACACCUCUGCGAGGAAACCAACCAGGACCAAGAGCCUAGAGAGAACACACAGCAAAGGGCCGCUUAGGUUCCUGUCUUGUUCCUUGAGCCCCCUGGGGACUGUAGUUUACUUGGAGUCGGUGUGUAUAUAGGGUCACUUUUGUCUGGUGAGAUUUGCUGAUUCUAUUUAAACGCUGUCAUUAUGAAUUAAAUAAAUGUUUUGAAAGAA